AGGAACGAGCAGCCACGAAGAUGGACUGAGGACAAUGCACGAGAACAAGAUGACCAGCCAAUCAGGACCAGGCAAAGUUGGGUUACCCAUUGAGGCCAAUCUUAGGCGCCUCGAGGGCGAGCAAUAUGAGAGCAUACUUCGAGAAGCGAUUGUAUCCCGGGAUAAACUUAGAGGCCAUCCCAGCAUACAACAUUAUCGCACGGGAGCAAUUGCGAGGGUCGAGCGUGACCCUGUGGGAUUCCACAGUACCUCUCUCGAUUGCAUACGUCAACGAGUGCUUGAGAGAGCAGAGGAUCACGCCUGUAGUAUUUACCUGGAAAUGCCACGACGACUGCCACAUCGGAUACGUGAUGUUGGAACAGUAUGCAGACAUGGUAUACAAUGCUGCAUGUAAUAGAUUACUAGGUCUAGGUGAUGAAUACUGCAAUGUUAAUGGGUGAAGUGUGAUUCAUAUAAAAAAUAUAUAUUGUAAAUAAAUAUAUAUGUGUA